UCCAACACAGAAGGAACAACAAACAGGAACACAAAAGAAAGAGAAAUGGAAAUGCUCAAUUUUCGCUUUGCAGGUUUGGCCGUCCUUUUCAUCACCGGAGUUGUAUUCUGUGGUGAAAUUGGCGGGGUUGUUGGGCAGUUAUGCGGAGCUGACAUUGGUGGACUUGUAACACAAUGCGCAGCCUAUGUGCAAAAGGGCACGCCCAUGACAGAUCCAUCUGAGGCAUGCUGCGAGUUGAUUAGGCAAGUGGACAUUCCAUGCGCAUGUAAACACGUGACCAAGAAGGUGGAACAGAUGGUUGACAUGAAUAAGGUUGUUCAUGUCGUUUCCUACUGCGGUAAACCUGUUCCUAAGGGAAUGAAGUGUGGAAGUUAUACAGUUCCUCCUGUUAGUGGUUGAAGCGUUAGAUAUGUGCUUGUGGUUGUAGACAAAGUGGCAUCCAAUGGAAGAACUAAAAAAGACUAAGUCAUAUGAUGUAAUGAUAUAUUUGGAACAAUUAAUAUGUACUUUAUCGUUGAUGUGAACUUAU